GUAAGAAAUACUUUGCCUUGAAGGUCAUUUCUCACCACCACCUCAGCCCAGGAGCUUCAGAAGCCCCUACCAGGCAAGUUCUCCUCCUGCAGCAGCUCCCUCAACCCAGGAGGAUGAAAGUCUCCAUGGCUGCCAUCUCCCUCUUCCUCCUCCUCAUCACCGGUGCCCUGGUGUCCACGGCUAAAUCCUCUUCACGAGGACCUUACCACCCGGCCGAGUGCUGCUUCAACUACAUUGCCCAGGCAAUUGCGCGUCAUCGGAUCACGGGUUAUUAUGAGACCAGCAGCCAGUGCUCCAGGCCCGGAGUGGUCUUCAUCACCAAAAAGGGCCAUUCCAUAUGCGCCAACCCCAAUGACGUCUGGGUCCAGGACUACAUCAAGGACCUGGAGGAGAAAUGAGCUGGCCAUCUGAAGAAGAGGCCAAGGCCCCCCUCUCAGUCCCAAUGCUCAGCCCGACACCUUCUAGGAGCUGUCCUACCUUGAAUUAAAGACCUAGAAUUUA